CACAUUUUUUAUUUUAAGCAGUAAUAUUUAAUAAUAUAAUGAGUAAAUUUAUGUUAUAAAUAAUACAAUUUAGUAAGAGAAAUAAUACUUUAUAACACGGAGAACAGCAAAUGUUUUCGAGUGGUUGAUUUUAUCGGGUAGCAAAUUUAAAUCAAGUUUCAACGUAACUUUAAUAAAUAAUUAGAGUGGCAGUGAAUUGUAUUAUAUAUUUAUGUAUAAACAUACAUAAAAGUACGCGUAAUAGUCUUAGUGAUCAAAGUUUAAUACACGUAACGUAGCAAAGUAGAGAAAACCGGAGGUUAUACAUAACCUCGUAACAUGUCCGACGACGAGGAUUUGGUUUACGUGAAGAAGCAGAAGACUGUUCACUAUGGCUCGUUGGAGGAAGCGGAACGUGCGCGGCUUGCGGCUGCCGUUGAAACGACGGACGAGGAGAAGGAUGUCGCAGGCGCGAAUGAUGUCGCGAAUACCUCCAUCUCGGCUGGAAACGUACAUAUCUCAAACGAAUAUAUGGAGCUGGAGGAUGAGAUGUCCAAAGAUCGGCAGGCGUUACUGGAAGAGUUCGAACGUAGGAAAAAGGCCAGGCAGAUUAACGUUUCCACUGAUGAUUCCGAAGUGAAAAAGCACUUGAGGCAACUGGGCGAACCGAUCUGUCUAUUCGGAGAAGGGCCUGCAGACAGGAGGACAAGAUUGAGGGAACUGUUAGCCAGCGUGGGCGAGGAUGCUAUUAAGAAGAAACAUGAGGAAGAGGAGAAGCCGUCUCACACCAUUGAGAAAGAUACGGAGACCACGUGGUACCACGAGGGUCCAGAGUCUCUGCAGAUCGCACGAUCAUGGAUAGCAGCGUAUUCAUUGCCCAGAGCAAAGGCGCGGCUGGAAAAGGCCAGGGAGGACUUGAAACUACCAACCGCUACUCGCACGGCUAAGAGGCAGGAGCUUCUGAAGAAGUUGCAGGCCUUGAGCAUUUAUUGCUCCCAGAUUGGGGACACCAGGCCCAUCUCCUCCUGCCAGUUCAGUCCGAAUUCCAAAAUUCUUGCGACGUCCUCGUGGUCAGGGCUGUGCAAGCUGUGGUCCGUACCUGACUGUACCUUGUUGCGCACUUUGAAGGGGCACUCGGUACAGGUGCACUGUAUCGUUUUUCAUCCAAAAGCUACGAUCACUGAGGACGUGAUAGGUGACGGUGCAGGACAGACUUGCGUGAUGGCGACUUGCGGAUUGGAUGGCACUGUGAAGCUAUGGGGUGGUGGCAUGGGCGAGGAACCACUGGCCGAAGUGGAGGGACACGAGCCUCACAGGGUCUCCAAAAUAGCCUUUCAUCCAUCCGGACGAUUCCUUGGCACGUGCUGUCACGAUGCUUCCUGGCGGCUGUGGGACCUGGAGCAGCAGGUGGAAGUCCUCCACCAAGAAGGUCACGCUAGGGCUGUGCACUGCAUCAGUUUUCAGUGUGACGGAAGUGUCUGCGCGACAGGUGGUUACGAUUCCUUCGGCCGCGUAUGGGAUCUGCGUACCGGUAGAUGCAUAAUGUUCAUGGAGGGUCACUUGAAAAACAUUUACGGCAUCGAUUUUUCGCCGAACGGCUUCCACAUAGCCACCGCGAGCGAGGACAACGCGUGCAAGAUAUGGGACCUGCGGAAGAGAACCUGCGUGUACACGAUACCGGCCCACACCGACGUACUGUCCGACGUGAAGUAUCAGAGGAGAGAGGGGCAAUAUCUGGUUACCGCCUCGUUCGAUUACACCGCCAAGAUAUGGUCCAACAAAACGUGGCAGCCACUCAAGAUGCUGUCGGGCCACGACGGGAGAAUUAUGUGCAUCGACGUGUCGCCCGAUCACAAGUUCAUCGCGACCGGUUCGUACGACAGAACUUUCAAAUUAUGGGCGCCGGAAUGAGUCGCUUGAACGGUACAGAAUUCACGAUCAAUUAAAAGCGCGUACAUGCGCGUUUAUGAUAACGAAAGAAUUUUCCUCAAUAUUUUUUGUAAUAUAGAAAAUGAGAGAGACAGUUAUCAUAUGACACGUAAAAACGCCUGAUUUAAUUUUACAUAAAUUAUAUAUCGAGUCUGUGGAUUUUAACUCGCUGUAUUAAUUCGUAUCGCGAUCAUGUGAUUUUAUACGUCUCAAUAAAAAUUCAGUUUUCCCUGGAA